AUUAGAGAGAGAAGCAUGUUGAAAUCAAGAAACAAGAGCAAAAGCAAACAAGAGAAGAAGUCAGAAGAAGUUAAGUACCUUGGAGUUAGGAGGCGUCCAUGGGGAAGAUAUGCAGCUGAAAUCAGAAACCCUUUCACAAAAGAGAGACAUUGGCUCGGAACGUUUGAUACAGCUGAAGAAGCUGCUUUAGCUUAUGAUGUUUCUGCUCGAUCCAUCAGUGGCUCUCUAGCCAAAACCAACUUCUUCUACACUGAUAACAUCUCUUUACAAACACCACCACAAGAGUUCCUACAGUCAUCAUCAGACAAAGCUUUUUUGGUUAACCCUGUUGCGUCUUUGAAACCUAACAUGAGUUUGGGAUCUUCUAGUUUCUGUUUUCUGCAAGAAAACAACCAUUUUGUUGCUGGUCCAGUUUCCUCUUAUAUACAAGAACAACAGCUUUCUGCUAAUCUUACUAACAGUUUCUCACAUUGUUAUGAUGAUGAUGAUGAUCAUGUUGGUAAAAGCAUAGAGAUUUCAUUACCUUCUUUGCCUAAUGAUAUGUCAAGCAGUUUAUUUGGUCGCCAGGACAAAACAGAGGAAGACGGCGAUACAGACAAGAUGAAUCUUGGCUCUGUUCUCACCGAUGAAGCUCACUGCUUUGAGUAUGACUUCCUCUUAAGCGGCAUGCCCCUUUCUCUUCUCAGUGAUUAUAAUGAAGAUCUUCCUCAGAUCAUUGGAUCUUCUUCAUCUUUUAUCUGAUUAGUGUUGUAUCUUUCUUUAGUAUCAAAGACAUGCUUUAAACCAGUGUUAUGAACUUUUAAGCAAAGGGAUGUAACAUGUUUGAAUAAAGUUUAUUACUAUAAAAUUGUAGAUCACAAAUACAUAAACUCGGGAACUACAAUUCUACAUUCCGAAUCAUAUAAAA